AUGAAACCCCUGGCUGUGCGACUUUUACAGCUUACACUGCAGAUGUUCGACGUAUCGUUCUACGGAAUCCUCCCGACCUUGCUUGCCGCACAUCUGCGCAAGCAGUUAGCAAGCAUUUUUUCAGCUCUUCUUGGUCUUCAGAAGGCGCUACAUGCCGGCGCAGUUGUUGGCUUGAUGUGUGCCUUCGGAAAUACAGGAUCGAGCUUGACCAGUGCAGAAAUUAAUGCACGAAAGGAGGGAAUACAAAUACGUGAAGAGCCUUGUGCAGCAAAGGAGUUGAUCGUAGUGGCUGGAACUCGUAGUGUUAGUGGCUACGCUGCGCCGUCGGGAACAGUAAUUUCAGCAUUCAAUUCUUGCAAAUCGCCCGUGCCGCUGAUGGCCAGUGGAACGUUCAUCAUAGAUUUUCUGGACAGUGGCCCGUUGGAAAUCAGCGAUGAUGUCAUUAAAGUCAUUUUUAUGCGUUUUGCGCUGUGCAACAGCAGCACAAAGCGCAUAUUGUCACGGGGUUGUCCCUGUGUGUAUUUGUCUCUGUGUGUGUCUGUGUGUGUCCGAGUGUGUUUUGUCCCGCACUUUCAACUCGAGAACCAUAAAAACUAG